GUCUCAUGAUUCAUUCAGCAAAACACAGGCAGCACCAGGCAGGCUACUCAACGGACACUCUUCCAAGCCGGGGAAUCUAAAGGCUGGGGGUCCAAACUCCGAGGAGCAAGUGUCCCACUGAAAGGCGGAACGAGCUAGCUUGUCAUGGCGGAUGUUGGUGAGGUUUUGAUGUCGGUUUUGUCCACAAUUCGGGUUCCGAAGCCCGGGGAUCGAGUCCACAAAGACGAAUGCGCCUUGUCAUUUUCCUCGCCGGAAAGUGAAGGAGGUUUGUACGUGUGUAUGAACAGUUUCCUGGGAUUUGGUAGUCAAUAUGUGGACAGGCAUCAUGCGAGAACUGGCCAGAGGGCUUAUCUGCACAUCACCCGGACUCGUAAGGCAAAGAAGGAUGAUGACAAUAACUCCGGAUCUGGGCAUCCACCCAAGAAAAAGCCAACAAGACUGGCUAUAGGGAUUGAAGGAGGUUUUGAUGUGGAGCAGGAGCAGUAUGAGGAGGAUGUGAAGGUUGUCAUCUUACCCGACAGACAAGAAGUGACAUCAGAUGACCUUGCAACAAUGUCUGAUGUUGUGAAAGAGCGGGUGUCCCUGUCAAUGGCUGGCAUCAUGGCAGCUGACUCAGUGUCUCAUACAUUACAAGUUCAACAGUGGGAUGGAGAGGUCAGACAGGAGUCAAGACAUGCCGCUGACCUUAAACAGCUUGACAAUGGACUCAAGAUCCCUCCCAGUGGCUGGCGGUGUGAGGUAUGUGACCUCCAGGAGAAUCUUUGGAUGAAUCUUACGGAUGGCAAAGUGCUUUGCGGUCGCAGGUAUUUUGACGGUUCUGGGGGAAACAACCACGCCCUACUCCACUUCCAGGAGACAGCAUACCCACUUGCUGUCAAGCUUGGUACCAUCACUCCUGAUGGAGCAGAUGUAUACUCCUAUGAUGAGGAUGACAUGGUACUCGAUUCCAAGUUACCAGAGCACUUGGCUCACUUUGGCAUUGACAUGAUGACCAUGGAGAAGACCGAGCGGACAAUGACGGAACUGGAGAUUGCUGUGAACCAGCGUGUGGGUGAGUGGGAAGUGAUCCAGGAGUCAGGGACCACCCUAAGGCCUCUUUUUGGCCCUGGUCUCACUGGCAUGAAGAACCUGGGAAACAGCUGCUACCUCAACUCUGUCAUGCAAGUGCUCUUCACGGUUCCAGAUUUCCAGAGCAAGUAUGUAUCAAACAUUGACAAGAUUAUUGAUGAAGCUCCGAGUGACCCCAGCCAGGACUUCAAAACCCAAGUAGCCAAGCUCGGUUAUGGUCUCUUGUCAGGAGAAUAUUCCAAACCAGCACCAGACCCAGGAGACGAAAAUGGUGCAUCUGAACCCAGGGGAGACCAAAUCGGUAUAGCGCCACGAAUGUUCAAAGCACUUGUUGGGCGGGGCCACCCAGAGUUUUCCACUAAUCGACAACAGGAUGCUCAGGAGUUUUUAUUGCACUUCAUAAACAUGGUGGAGAGGAAUUGUCGCUCUGGGCCCAACCCAUCUGAAGCCUUCAGAUUCCUGGUGGAGGAGAGGAUUGUGUGUCAGCAGUCACAGAAAGCCAAGUACACACAACGUGUGGACUACAUUGUACAGCUACCUGUACCCAUGGAUCAGGCCACCAACACAGAGGAACUGCAGGAGGCUGAACGUCGGCGUGAGGAAGGUGACACAACAGCCCCUACGGUUCGAGCCCAAAUCCCUUUUACAGCUUGCAUGGCGGCCCUCAGUGAACCAGAGGUGCUCACAGACUUCUGGAGCUCAGCUGUGCAGGCCAAGACUACUGCUACCAAAACAACUAGAUUUGCCUCUUUCCCUGACCACCUGGUUAUCCAGAUUAAGAAGUUUACAUUUGGCCUUGACUGGGUCCCCAAGAAACUGGACGUGAGCAUCGACGUUCCUGAUACUCUGGACCUGAGUGCUCUGUGUGCAACUGGCCAGCAGCCUGGGGAGGAGCUCCUACCAGAGGUGGCCCCGCCCCCACUCAUGACCCCAGAUGUGGAGGUUAAAGGUAUCCUGGGUUCCCAUGGCAACGACGAGGACGACUCGCUCUACUCCCCACUGCUGUCUCCAGUCCUUGAUGACUCCACUGUGUCCCAGUUAUGCGAAAUGGGAUUCCCCCUGGAGGCUUGCAGGAAAGCAGUUUACUACACUGGGAAUACUGGAAUCGAUGCUGCCAUGAAUUGGAUCAUGGGCCACAUGGAUGACCCAGACUUCUCUGCUCCGCUGGUGUUGCCAGGCUGCAGUUCCGGUGCAGGAACCACGCCCACUGAGAGUCUGUCCGAGGAGCACCUGGCAACCAUCGUUUCCAUGGGCUUCAGCAGAGACCAAGCAACCAAAGCUCUUCGUGCCACGAGUAAUGUUCUGGACCGAGCUGUGGACUGGAUUUUCUCCCACCUGGAUGACCUAGAAUCCAUGGAUGUGUCUGAAGGAGGCCGAUCAGCUGCAGAGAGCGAGGGGGGGAGGGAACCACCGCCUGGGCCUCGUGUCCGGGAUGGACCUGGCAAGUAUGAGCUGUUUGCAUUCAUCAGUCACAUGGGGACGAGCACGAUGUGUGGCCACUAUGUCUGUCACAUCAAGAAGGACCAGCAGUGGGUCAUCUUCAACGAUCAGAAAGUGUGCGCUUCGGAGAAACCUCCCAAAGACCUGGGAUACCUCUACUUCUACCGGAGAGUGGCUGAAUGAGACAAAGGAAUGUGAUGCGGGUGCAUAACAACAUGCAAACAUUCAUUGUCUCCACACUCCACACCAAGCUCUUAUGAAAGCCCAGGCACGCUUCACAACUGACAAAACUGUAAAUAAAUCUCCCAGAUUGCUUAUAUACACAGUUAAAUUGGUGCAAAUGUACAUAAUAAGGUGUUGGGAUGGGGUAGAUGUUCCUUUUGAUCCACUGAUAAUAAACCGUGGGACUUUUCAGACUGUUUGGAAACUCUGAACACUGAAAACCGAAGCAUUACUCAGCAAAUGAAUCCAGAUCAAACAUGCUCUAUGGAACAGACCCCCAAGCGAGACCUUUCUCACUAAGUCUUUUCACUCUUUACUAAGUUUGCUGUACUGCCGUUGUUAACCCACGUCCAGGCUAUUGAUUUCCAGUGCCGUCUGUAGUCACUGCCCUCCCCCAUCCAAAACACUUUGUUGUUUUCAGCCCCCUCUUAUGAUUGGACCGAGCACCAAGUUCUCCACCUGUUUCAGUGAAGAAAUAAGUAAUAACAGUUCAGAAUGUCAUGAAGUGGAAUAAAUUAACAGUUCAAAGAUGUGUUUAAAAAGGAAAAAAUAAAAAAACGUCAAACACCAAAAUGGCUUGAUUUUCUUAAAAGUCUGGUGAGGGUAAUAUCUAGCUGAUUUUUUUUUUUUUUAUUUUCCAAACAGAUCCUUUGUUACUUCUGCUGUGGCAAAUAAAGGUUUUCCUUUUGAUCA